UGGAUCACAAUCCACGAGAGCAGCAAUUAGUAGGCAGAAAAAUACGCCCUGCCCUCUUUCUCUCUGCUAUGCCCAUCACUUUCCCUCUCUAAAAACAGAACUAGAAGAAGAUGACCGAUGCUGCGACAACGGAGGACGCCGCUCGCCGGCGGAACGUGACGGCGGAGUACAGGAAGAAGCUGCUCCAGUACAAGGAGAUCGAGUCCAGAGUUCGUACAGUUAGAGAGAACUUGAGAGGGGCAAAGAAGGAGUUUGCAAAAACUGAAGAUGAUUUGAAAUCCCUCCAAAGUGUUGGGCAGAUUAUAGGAGAGGUUCUUCGGCCGCUUGACAAUGAACGCUUAAUAGUAAAAGCUAGCAGUGGGCCAAGAUAUGUUGUUGGAUGCCGCAGUAAGGUGGAUAAAGAGAAGCUUACAGCUGGAACCCGUGUGGUUCUGGAUAUGACAACUCUCACCAUCAUGCGAGCUCUUCCACGAGAGGUCGAUCCUGUUGUCUACAAUAUGCUUCAUGAAGAUCCGGGCAAUGUCAGCUACUCUGCAGUUGGUGGAUUAUCUGAUCAGAUUCGCGAACUUAGAGAAUCCAUUGAACUGCCUCUCAUGAAUCCCGAGCUCUUCCUUAGAGUGGGAAUCAAACCCCCAAAGGGUGUACUCCUCUAUGGCCCUCCUGGAACAGGGAAAACAUUAUUGGCAAGAGCAAUUGCCAGUAAUAUAGAUGCAAACUUUCUGAAGGUUGUGUCUAGUGCUAUUAUUGAUAAAUACAUAGGUGAAAGUGCACGGUUAAUAAGGGAAAUGUUUGGCUAUGCCCGUGAUCACCAACCAUGCAUCAUAUUUAUGGAUGAAAUCGAUGCCAUUGGUGGACGUCGUUUUAGUGAGGGAACCAGUGCAGACCGAGAAAUUCAGAGAACAUUAAUGGAACUGCUCAAUCAAUUGGAUGGAUUUGAUCAGUUAGGCAAGGUAAAAAUGAUUAUGGCAACAAAUCGUCCUGAUGUUCUGGACCCAGCCCUUCUUAGGCCAGGCCGGUUAGACAGGAAAAUUGAGAUUCCAUUACCAAAUGAGCAAUCAAGAAUGGAGAUUCUCAAAAUUCAUGCUGCUGGUAUAGCCAAGCAUGGCGAGAUAGAUUAUGAAGCAGUAGUGAAGCUUGCUGAGGGCUUUAAUGGAGCUGAUCUUCGUAACGUCUGCACAGAAGCUGGCAUGUCAGCAAUUCGGGCAGAAAGGGACUAUGUGAUACACGAGGAUUUCAUGAAGGCUGUUCGAAAACUGAAUGAAGCGAAGAAGCUCGAGUCCACUGCUCACUACAGCGCUGAUUUCGGAAAGGAGUAGAAGAACCAUUAUGAUGGAGUAUUCAGUUCAUUCUCUUGGGGUUUACACUUGGCGAAAGCUGACUGGACUUGGAAUUUCUCGCGCGUCCAGUAAACCGGCAUGCGAUCUUGUUUACUUGUAAAACAAUAUUUAAUUAGCCAAGGAUAAGUUUAUUUGAGAAAUGAGUAAUAUGAGUUUAUCUUUGAGGAUCUGUUAUGUUAAGACUAUACCACUAACUGUUUAAAUGAAAGGGCUUGGAAAAUACUUCUCGAGUCAGAUGUUGCCUUUGUCCAUCAGAGAGAUGUUGCCUGUAUUCUGUUCCUUUCUUUAUUUACAUUGUAGCUUUAAGCCCCC